CAUAUACAUUCUCUCAUGCUGAUUACAAUCAUUUGUUCGGAAACAUGGUAUUUUUAUUACUCUUGUCUCCAACACUUGAGAGACACCAUGGCUCCAAGAAAUAUGGAAUCGUAAUCUGUCUUUUAGUUCUAGUUCAAGGUUUAGUAUUCUGCUUGUUGACUUACAUCAUGACUUUUUUGCCUGCUUAUGGAGGAAGUGACUACUACUAUUCCUAUUGUGUAAUAGGUUUUUCAGGAAUAAAUUAUGCUUUUAUCUUAUUUUGGUCCUAUGUUGGCAAGAGUAAUCAUUAUUUCUGGAAAUACUGUAGACUCCUCAUCGUAGCUGCCAUUUGGAUUCACUGUAUAAUGGACAAUCUUGAGGGCGGGAAUAUAAGUGUGCUAGGCCACUUUGGAGGAGCUCUAAGCGCCAUGAUCAUUAGAGUCCUCUUCUUCACAAGUGACGAGAGGCUGUUUGGCAGUGGUAGGAUGAAUUUUUGGACAUAUAUCUCGAGAUAAAGAAGAGGAAUAAUGGU